UGGCAUGAGCCAGCGUUGGCUAGUGGCGCUGUUAUCGCUAUUGAAGAUUUGAAUCUAUAUUUGAACAAUGGAGGUGGUUGGUGGCAUGAGUCAGCAGUGGCUAGUGGCAUGAGCCAACAGUGGCUAGUGACGUGGGUUGGCAUUGACUGGUGGCGUGGGCUAAUGGGGUUGGUCGUGCGUGAAGGCAAUGUAGAUGGUAGAGCAGUAGAAAGCCUGAGUAAUGGGAAAGGAAACGGGAAGGGAAUCAUAAUUUUAUGGGUUUUAAGGGGGCUG